AUGCUGCCACAAAUUACCUUGGAGUCGCCUCUUGCGCAGGCAGUCGCGCACGCCAUCGGACCCAAGCUGGUGGAGAUGGGCUGGAGCGACGGCCAAGAAUCUCCUCUGAUCGAGUAUAUCGUCCUCAUGUUGGUGAACGGCAAGACGCAGGAACAAAUUGCCACCGAGCUAUCAAACGACUUCCUUGGCCUGGAUGAAGGAGACACCGCUGCCCUCGAGUUUUCGCACUGGUUGUUUGGCCAAGUCGAGCAACUCAACCAACAGAUCAACGGUGUUCCCAGCAAUGGUGCUAUGGGCCAAUCAUUCCCUCCAUCUGGGGGUUUCAAUAAUCAAAAUCAAAACAACCAGCAACCGUUUGGAGAAGCGAAUGGCCAGGAUGCCGAGAUGGGUGAAGCAGAAAAUGACUCUGUCCCCACUGGCCCAAGGGCGAUGCGCAACGGACGAGGUGGAAAGGGAAGGAUGUUGAACCAAAUCAACCGCACUCUGGAUCGCGGCUCGGACGCCGCUCUGCAUCGCGUGCGCGGGAACGGAAACGGUCGCAUCGGUAACAACAACCGGGGCCAAAGAGGAGGAUUCAACCAGAACGGUCGGGGCGGUCGAAUGGGCAUGCAAGGCAACAUGCAAAUGAGCCCGGAAAACCAGAUGCAGCUGAUGACAAUGUUGGAAGAACAAGCGCGCAUGAUGUCCCAACUCAUGCCUGGCUUUGUUCCGCCUGCCGUCAACCCUGCAUUCCAAAAUGGACAGAACAACCAAGGUCGCUCCCUGUUCGAUCGGGUCGAGCGCGGUGGCCAGCGUGGAGGAAAGCGAGGAUACAACAAGCCGCGAGGCGCGGACUCCGGAGAUGUUGAUAUGGAGGCGUCACAAGACCAAAGCAACCCCGAUAGUGUUUGCCGGUUUAACACACGAUGCACGCGCCCGGAUUGUCAACUGGCGCAUCAGUCACCCGCUGCCCCCGACGGCAUUUCCCUCGACCCCUCCGACACUUGCUCUUACGGAGCCGCUUGCAAGAACAAGAAAUGUACCGGUCGUCACCCCUCACCAGCGGUGCGAUCUGCCCACCAGGCCGAGGCCAUGUGCCGAUUCUUCCCCAAUUGUACCAACCCCCAUUGCCACUUCAAGCACCCCAGCAUGCCGGUCUGUCGUAAUGGAUCCGACUGCAAGGCGGAAGGAUGCAAGUUCACACACAUCGAGAUCGCCUGCAAAUUCAACCCUUGUCUGAACCCGACCUGUCAUUACAAGCAUGCCGAAGGCCAGCGCGGCUCCUUCGCCGACAAGGUGUGGACGCCGCGAUCCGGAGAGCACGUCAGCGAGCGUAAAUUUGUUGCCGAUGCCGAUGGACCAGAGGAGUUGAUCAAGCCCGAGACUGCUGCGCCCGAGGAGAGCACUCAAGGUCAAGAGAUGACCGCGUGA